ACAGAAAACAUCUUACGUCCUAAGAACGUUCCCAGGACGUCCCUCGGAUAAAAUGUACUGCAUGGAGAUGUAUUAGGUACGUGCAAGAGUUUUAAGGCUUUUCUACAAUGGCUGUAAGAGUAUGGCUGUAAGUCUAUAAGACGCGAUCCUAAGAACCUAUUUCCGGUGCACAGAAACGUAAGAUGUAAGUUUACGUAAGUUGUAAACGAAAUGAAUUACUUUCAUUUCUUACGGCAACCAAUCAAAAUAAAAGAGAACAUUAAAGUUGUAACUUUCUUCUUCCUGAUUGAUCUGCCUCACGUUUUAUAGUAAGCUCUUAUAGACAACACCGUUUUAAGAACAUUAAAUUCUACGACCGUCAGUCAAAUGUUACGGCUUCACAGCCAUUGCAGAAUAGACUUUAGUCUUUUCUCCGCAAGUCUUCGUUUUAUCUCGAGACUAUGUAUGGACUGAAACUUUGCACACACUAAUAUUAUCAAAAUAAAUAAUAUAAAAUAAAUAUAUUACAUGACACAUAUACAUAAUUGUUAUUUAAAUAAUAAAGAUUAUGCAGGAUAUCCAACACGGACAAAGCUCGUGAGAGAGUAUAGAACGGACUGAAGUGAAAAGUCGCGUACCGUCUUGCGCUUAAAAAUAGGUUCUUAUUGGUCUAUACGACGCAUGAAAAAUAUUUUACAGCAUCUAGUGAAUUCUAUCUUUACACAUUAAUCGUAACUAUAAACAUGUAACGAUGAGCAGUAUAGACGUUAGUACAGAAUUGCCGUUUACGUAAACUUUAUCUCAAAUUCUUACGAUUAGUAAGCUAUAAUUUUAUCAUUUAUUCAUACAUUUUUUAUGCAGCAUUAAUAAAAAAUUCAUGAAUCUAGAUGAGUUAAUAAACGCAUAAGAAAAGGUAUAGACUCUAGAAGAAGAAAAAAGAAGAGAAAAAAGGAAGAAAAUGUUAAUUUCUGAAGGUUUUUUAACAACGAUAAAUAUUAAUACGUUGAGCGCGGCGCCGAUUUUGCUAUCCUUUCCGCUCAGACAUAAAGAUUAUCAAUGUGGCAACAGCAGAAAAUAUUAUUUUUAAGAGCUUUAAUUUGUAUCAAGCGAGACAAUACUCUGACGAAACUGAGAUUUGGAGCUCAUAUUGUAAUAGCAGUGUUACUAGGUACAGUCUUUUAUAAUCACUUGAUGGCAAGCGCUCAAGAGAUUUUUGGGAUAGAGAGUAUGAACAGAAGAUUAUUUUGUUUCACUUUACUGUGGGAUGGUGCAGCCAAUGCAUAAGUAUACAAAUUAUAAACAGAAAAUAAUGGGAAGGGGAACGGCAAGAAGGUGACCUCCAAGAGACGAUUAGUUAGAAAAAAUCACAGAAUAAUAAAGGUCUGUUUGAGCAAAAAAGGUCAUUACUUAUUGUAAUAUGUGCAAAUCUCACCCACACAUUUGCUUAAAAUAUUUUAAUUAACUCCAUUAAAAUUAUAACAUUAAUUUUUCAAUCCUUGACAAUGCCGUUUUC